AUGGGACCUUCUUCAAAUCCUAGCAAUUUUCCAAGAGAUCAAAAAGAACGCAAAUUCCCUACUUAUAUCUUUUUAGAGGAACAAAGAAACGGAGAAAAAGUUAUAAGAGAUUGGCUCGUUUGGAGUAAGGCUGUGGCAUCACUCUUUUGUUUCCCUUGCUCCCUUUUUGGAUCGCCUAACUUAACCAGACCCGGUGUUCAAUCCAGUUUUUUGUCUUGGAAUGGAGGUAUACAUGGAAAUUGGAGAAAACUUUCAGAUCGCGUUAAAAGUCAUCAACAAAGCGAUUUUCACCGUAACUGUUAUCUCCAAUGGAAAACAGCUACGAUUCACUUGAAAAGUCAAAAGUCCAUUGAGCAUCAGUUAGAAAAACAAAUUGGAGAUGAAACAAAGCGAUGGAAACACCAAGAAGAAGAAAAACGCAUGCAAGCUCAUUAUUUAUCCUACAAAUCACAAAAUAAAUUUAUCAAGGAAUGCGGCAAAUUAGUGGUUCGAGAAGUUAUUCAAGAAAUCAAAAAAUCAAUAUAUUUCACCAUCAUCACGGACAGCACUCCCGAUUCGUCCCACAGUGAGCAAAUAACUUUUGUUUUUCGUUUUUUGCAUUUCAAUGAUAAUCAGCUGUGGGAGGUCAAAGAAAGAUUCCUUAAGCUAGAAGAACUUGAAAAGAAGAAGGGAUCUGAUAUAACAAAGUUGAUAUUGAAUGUGUUGGAAGAGAAUGAGCUCGACAUAAAAAAUUGUCGUGGUCAAGGCUACAACAACGGCGCUAAAAUGGCAAGUAUUUACAUAGGAGUUCAAGCUUUGAUAAGACAGAAUAUUCCACAAGCAAUUUUCAUUCCUUGCUCUGCUCGCAGUGUGAACUUAUGUGCAGUACACGCUAUUGAAUCAUCGGUUCCUGCGAAAUCCUAUUUUGGAAAUAUUCAAAAGCAAUACAAUCUGUUCGGCAGCAGCCCAGUUCGUUGGAAAAUUCUUCAGGAGGAGACAGGCCAAUCAUUACAUAAACUUUCUGUUACACGAUAG